UAUAGAUUGCUAGAAGACAAUUAAGAUGUUAGGAGAAUUCCUUUUAUGUACUGGGAGAUAGAAGUGAAAGAAAGAAUGUCUGGCGACACCAUGUUAAAAAAGUUAUUUACUGGAAAAGUUAACCCUGAUUUGGACAGCUGAUAUUAGGUAGACUUCCACUUAGAGGCCUUUCCCCUUAUCAUUAUUUGCCCUUCUACUUGUUUUGAAACUUAGGAGGAAAAGAUAACAGACGUAAAAUCUGAAAAGGAUGGUGUUAAUAUUCCUCUCAUGUACUUUUGGGGUCUCUUUCCACAGUUUAAUCAGAUUUGAUUGUCUUUUUCUGCUGGUGUGAAUGCCUUUUGAACAAUUACAGAAGCAAAAUUCUGCUCUAGGAGACCUAGUCCGUUCCUCUACAUUAAUACAGAUUUUUCUGGAUAGCUCACAAGCAAGGUUACAAUACCAAAUAUGAAGACUCUGCUUCUCCUUAUCAGUAUUCUUGGACUAGUUGUUGCUUCUCCUAUCCAGAGGAGUGAUGUACUUAGAAGAGACCCCAGGGGCAAUAUUAAUUCUACUAAUGUAGAUCAAAAAAUAAUAGUUAAUCCUGCCCAUAAAAAUGAGCAGAAGCAAAACAGAGAUGGUAAACACCAGGAAGGAGGAAUAUUGCUCAACCUCAAGAAACAGCAUGUUACAGCUGGAAAACUCUUUACAGGUGAUGCUUUCAUUCCCUACCAAGGGCAUCAAAAUGCAAAGGAGAGACUGCGGCUUCAGGACAGCAUAGGACUUGCACAAACCACAAGUAACAACCAGUAUAACAACCAGUAUAAUACACAGGAAAAUCUGGGUCAACACCUUAAAAGCUCUCAGGUGGAUCUUUUCAAAAAGACCAGCAAUGUUGAAGAACAUUACAUUGAGGAUAAGAGAGAGAACAGUGCAGUUCUAGGUCCAGCAGCCACAACAGGAAGCCCCAACAUUCAUGAGACAGAUUCCUUUGCUGAAAAACAAUAUAUUGAGGGAUCCCAAACCAGAAAUGGACUUAAGUCAAGAAAAGAUGCUGAUGUCUUCUCUAAUGAUCAUUACAGUUUUGACAGCUUCAAUUUAUAUGAUGAGGGCAUGCAAGGAGAUGACCCAGGAUAUGCUGAUGACUCUGAUUCUAGUGAGAGCAAUUCCAACCAGCACCCUGGGGCACCAGGUAGUUCCAGUGAUUCAAAUGAUGAGGAAUCAGAACAAUCGAGCCACUCAGAACAAUCGAACUCUGGAAGCCCAGGGGGUUCAAAUGGAUCCCAAGACUCCAGCAACCCAGAUGACUCCAGUAGCUCAAGUGGCUCUAGUGAUUCUAGUGACUCUAGUGAUUCGAGCAGCUCCAGUGAUUCAAGCAGCUCCAGUGCCUCUAGUGAUUCGAGCAGCUCCAGUGAUUCAAGCAGCUCCAGUGACUCCAGUGAUUCAAGCAGCUCCAGUGCCUCUAGUGAUUCGAGCAGCUCCAGUGAUUCAAGCAGCUCCAGUGACUCCAGUGAUUCAAGCAGCUCCAGUGACUCCAGUGAUUCAAGCAGCUCCAGUGACUCCAGCGACUCAAGCAGCUCCAGUGACUCCAGUGAUUCAAGCAGCGCCAGUGAUUCAAACAGCUCCAGUGACUCUAGUGAUUCAAACAGCUCUAGUGACUCCAGUGAUUCUAGCAGUGCCAGUGAUUCAAGCAGCUCCAGUGGUUCCAGUGAUUCAAGCAGCUCCAGUGACUCCAGUGACUCCAACAGUUCUAGUGCUUCCAGUGAUUCAAGCAGCUCCAGUGAUUCCAGUGACUCCAACAGUUCUAGUGCUUCCAGUGAUUCAAGCAGCUCCAGUGACUCCAACAGUUCCAGUGCCAGUGAUUCGAGCAGCUCUAGUGAUUCCAGUGACUCGAGCAGCUCCAGUUCCUCUAGUGAUUCAAGCAGCUCCAGUGAUUCAAGCAGCUCCAGUGACUCCAGUGAUUCGAGUAGCUCCAGUGCCUCUAGUGAUUCCAGCAGCUCCAGUGACUCCAGUGAUUCGAGCAGCUCCAGUGCCUCUAGUGAUUCUGGAGAUUCUAGCAGUGAUUCUAGUGACUCAUCUAGCAGCUCAAGUAGCUCCAGUAAUUCUAGUGAUUCCAACAGCUCCAGUGAUUCAAAUGAUUCCAGUGCCUCUAGUGAUUCUGGUGAUUCUUCUGAGUCCAGUAGCUCUAGUGAUUCCAGUAGUCCAAGCGAUUCUAGCAGCUCCAGUGCUUCCAAUGCCUCCGAUGAUUCUAAUGGCAAUAGCAAUUCCAGUGAUUCUGGCAAUUCCAGUAAUUCCAGCGGUUCAAAAUAAACUAUCCGAGAGGCGAAAAAGUAGGAAAAAGCGGCACUUAUGAAUAUAAGUCAAAAUGGUAGCGUUGUUGGCAAAAGUGUAAAUAGUACAUUUCACUCUUAUUUUGAUAACUGCUUCACUCUAUUAGGCAGGGAAGUCCAAUGAAGUAAGAAAUUCUUCAACCUUUUUAUGCAACACUUCGUGUCUAUUUUGGCUACUCUACUGACUUCACUAUUGCAAAAAAGAUAACUAUCUAUGAUAUGAAAUAUUCACAAUUAUGAUAAAAUCCAGAGUUCUCAAAAAAUAACAACAACCCCACCACCCUACAAGCCCUAAACAAUUUUUAUGUUUCUCCAAUAAUAAAAGAACAGUUGCAACUG